GUAAAACUGUCAGUUCAGUCUCAGUCGAACAUUUAUAUUUUUUUCGUCUGGAAUCUUUUUAGUGUAACCGAACGUCAAAAUUCGUUUAUUUUUUUUUGUAACUAUUGUAUAGUGUUUCAUCAAUGGCGAGCAUAUUUUGUUGUUUUAGAGGCUGUGCCAGUUUCCUUGAUCUUGGGUUUGCGACUCCAACAGUACCCACAAAAAAGCAGCCUGUAAUAGCCUUAGAUCAACAACAAAUUGGUCAAGAAGUAGUACUUGUUAAAGAUGGAACAAGAAUAUGUGGCACUGGCGGAGCACUUGGGAACACAGCUGUAAGUUACAAAACAAAUAAUAUUGUUCUGUUAAUAAAGUGUUGUAUUGUAAUAAUGCAGAUUAUGCAAGACAAAGCUUAUUUUGAAGUGAGGCUUCAACAGUCAGGUGUUUGGGGAAUUGGACUUGGUUCGGAAAAGGCAGAUCUGAAUGUUAUUCCAAUGGGGAAUGAUGCAGAUUCUUGGGUUAUGUGCUCAGAUGGUUAUCUUCGUCACAACAAGGAAGAAAUGCACAGAAUUACACAACUACCACAAGAAGGGGACACCAUAGGAGUUAGCUACAAUCACAUUGAACUGAACUUUUACUUGAAUGGUCAAAAAUUGGACUGCCCAUUCACUAAUGUAAGAGGACAAGUGUAUCCAGCAGUAUAUGUGGAUGACGGAGCUGUACUGGACAUUGUUUUUGAAAAUUUUGUGCGCGAUCCUCCACCAGGGUUUGACAAAAUCAUGUUGGAACAAUCUCUCUUAGAAACAUAGGAUAGUAAAUCAUUAAAAACUAAAUUCAAUUAUCACGCCAAAGUUUCACACUCAUCAUCUGCUUUGAAUCAUUCCAUUUACCUAACUGUUUCGCUAUUUUAGGGCAGAACGUUCUUCAGUAGCUCGACUUCUUUUGCUAGGGACGUUACUUGAUUCUGCAGCUCACGUACUUGAUCCCGCAAUGCAUAUACGGUGUCAACCAAACUUCUGAAUGUCAAAGAUAUAAAUGAUUUAGUUAACAUGAAUGGCUCCCCGAUCUGUUUGAUUUCGAUUCAUUUUCUCCAGUCUUCUAUAAAUAAUAUCGUUUGUAUAAUCAUGAAAGAAAACAAUAUACCUUUCCUCUACAA